AUGCACAUUAUACUUACAGGGGCAACGGGUCUCGUCGGAUCCGCUGUUCUCCAUGCUAUGAUCAAGAACCCGGGAAUCAGCAAGAUCUCAAUCCUUAGUCGUCGGCCUGUGCCUAUGGUUCAAGGAAAUAGCGAUGAUCGAAUCAACGUGGUCAUUGCCGAAGACUUUUCAAAAUUUGAUAGCAAAGUGCUAGGCCAAUUGAAUGGAGCAACUGGAUGCGUGUGGGCUAUGGGAGUUAGCCAAAAUGAUGUGAACAAAGAAGACUACGUUCGCAUCACAAAGACCAUGACCCUUUCCGCAGCUCGAGAUUUUGAAAGUCUGGCUCCUGCAUCUGAGAACUUCAACUUUGUCUAUGUCUCAGGAGAAGGCGCAACUCACAAUCCGGGAUUUGCCACACCAAUAUUUGGCCGAGUGAAAGGCGAAACCGAACUUGCCCUUGCCAAGAUGCAAGAGGAAUCACCUCGUUUCCAUGCUAUCUCUAUGCGUCCUGCAUUCAUUGACUUCGCCGCACAUGAUGAGAUCAAACCCUGGAUUCCGGCGCAAACUGGUCUAAGACAAGUCGUGUACGCCGGACUAGGGCCAUUCAUACGGUGUGUUUGGUCAGGAAUGCAGAGUCCGACAAGACCAUUGGGAACUUUUUUGACGGGACUAGCUACUGGCGAGUUUGAUGGGAAAUUGUCCGGGUCGGGUGUCGAGCUUAUUGGGAAUUCACCCAUUAUAAGUAAUGUCGGUUUUAGACGACUUAUGGGCUUGGGUAGUGCGCAAAAAUAG